AUGUCAUUUAACGAUUUAGGAGUGGCCAGAUGGCUUAGUGAGUCUCUUGAUGCUAUGAAAAUAUAUACUCCAACGUCCAUUCAAUCAGCAUGUAUCCCAGCAAUUUUGAAGGGCCAUGAUUGCAUUGGAGGUGCUAAAACUGGUAGUGGUAAAACUAUUGCCUUUGCCGCCCCCAUGUUAACUCGAUGGUCAGAGGACCCCUUUGGAAUAUUCGGCUUGAUUUUGACACCAACACGUGAAUUGGCAUUACAAAUAGCCGAACAGUUUGCUGCAUUGGGAGCAAAUAUGAAUAUUAAAGUGGCUGUUGUCGUUGGGGGUGAAGAUUUUGUUCAACAAACUUUGGCACUACAAAGAAAACCUCAUUUUGUUAUUGCGACCCCUGGUAGAUUGGCCGAUCAUAUUUUAAACAGUGGAGAGGAAACCAUUAGUGGGUUAAGGAGAGUUAAAUACUUGGUAUUGGAUGAAGCUGAUCGAUUAUUGAGUAAUAGUUUUGGAAGUGAUUUACAACGGUGCUUUGACGUACUACCACCGAGCGAUAAACGACAAACAUUGUUGUUCACGGCUACCAUAACUGAUGCUGUGAGGGCAUUAAAGGAGAAGCCACCAACUCCAGGUAAGCCUCCGGUGUUUAUGCACGAAGUUGAAACAGUUGAUAAAGUGGCUAUACCGUCAACAUUACAAAUAUCGUAUGUGUUUGUUCCUUCCUAUGUCAAAGAAGCAUAUUUGAAUAGUAUAUUACAUCUUGAGCAGUUUAAGGAUUCUACAGCGGUGAUAUUCGUAAAUAGAACAACAACGGCUGAAGUUUUGCGAAGAAUGUUAAGGAAAUUGGAUUUCCGAGUUGCAUCAUUGCAUUCAGAAAUGCCCCAAUCGGAAAGAACCAAUUCAUUGCAUAGAUUCAAAGCCGGUGCAGCCAGAAUAUUGAUAGCCACUGAUGUUGCCUCGAGAGGUUUGGAUAUCCCCACAGUAGAACUUGUGAUUAAUUUUGAUAUCCCAGCUGAUCCUGAUGAUUUCAUUCAUAGAGUCGGUAGAACUGCCAGAGCAGGGAGAAAGGGUGAUGCAGUGUCAAUUAUUGGAGAAAAAGAUAUUGAUAGAAUUCAAAGCAUCGAAGAAAGAAUCAAUAAGAAAAUGGAGUUGCUAGAAGAUGUUAAUGAUGAUAAUGUAAUCAAAGAAUCCUUGAGUGCCACAUCAGUAGCUAAACGUGAAUCAUUAAUGGAGAUGGAUAAAGAAAAUUUCGGCGAACGCAAAAAAAUUAACAGAAAGAAACAUGGACUUGACAAAGUGAAACCAGUAAAGGUAGCAAAGCCAAAGAAAUCUAAAAAAUAA